AUGGCUGACGAAUACAACGCCGAGGAGGCCGCUGAGCUCAAGAAGAGAAGAGCGUUCCGCAAGUUCUCCUACCGAGGAAUUGACCUUGACAACCUCCUCGACCUCAGCUCCGACCAGCUGCGCGAUGUCGUUCACGCCCGUGCCCGUCGCAGGAUCAACCGUGGCCUGAAGCGCCGCCCCAUGGGCCUCAUCAAGAAGCUCCGAAAGGCCAAGCAGGAGGCCAAGCCCAACGAGAAGCCCGAUCUCGUCAAGACUCACCUCCGUGACAUGAUCGUCGUCCCCGAAAUGAUUGGCAGCGUCAUCGGCAUUUACUCCGGCAAGGAGUUCAACCAGGUGGAGAUCAAGCCGGAGAUGGUUGGCCACUACCUGGCCGAGUUCUCUAUCUCAUACAAGCCCGUCAAGCACGGUCGACCCGGUAUCGGUGCCACACAUUCGUCUCGUUUCAUCCCCCUCAAGUAA